GAUUGCAAAAGGAAGGAAAAAGAGCGUACCUCCGGGCGGCGAUGGAACGAGCAGGAUGGAAGAUGCGCAUGCGUGCGAGCGCACGCAUCACGCACGUUGGUGAGAGUGAAACAGCUGCGCGCCCUUGGUGUGACGCGAUUGGGCCAGAAUGAAAUGGCACACACGCGCGCACUACACACGGGUCCAGCAGCACAACGGGUCGGCAGUGAACGGUAGAGAACCUGUUUUUUCCUACCAGUCAGUUUCGUUCGAAGAUCCGUGGUGAGCUGACACUGGAGAGCGCACAGAUAAACAAAGCAUCAUCACCAGCAGCAGCAGCAGCAGCAGCAUCCCGUCGGGACCCGCAGCACACAGUCGGCCAGUGGACACGGCCCAGUUGGUUGUUUAAUCGGUGUUGUGAAAGAAAACAAGUGCUCCACCAACAAACAGCAGGUGUUUGAGGGUGUGUGUGGGUGUUUUUUUUUAUAAACGAUAUCAGAGGUUUUAGUGAAGUGAGAAAUAGGCAAAGGAUACAGAAACGGAUACAAAAGGAGCGAUCAUUUUGUGCGGACAUUGCAGUGACUGUUUGUGAGUGAUUGUGUGUUUUUGAUUGCUAUCUUUCGAUAAGAGAAGCCAUGAGUUAUUAGUCUUAUCCGAACAGCGGAGCCCACUAGUGAACUGAUUUCCAUUGGUUGUGCUUGUGCUGUGUUGUUCCGCAAAUCGACCCGCUGUGUGAACCUGAGGUGCAGCUUACUUCUCCCUUCUUGUAAGCGUUAAACCGGCUUCACGAUUUUGGACGAAAUGCACACCCUGUUUACGACGGACCAGCGCCAUUAUGGGCACGGGCAGCCCGGCUACCCAACGAACGGUCCGACGAUGGCGUCGGCCCACCACUACACGUACGACCAGUACUCCCGGUACGCGUACGCCGGCUCGGCCUACGCCCUGGCCGCCCCGCACCAGAACAAGGAGAUGGUGAAGCCACCGUACUCCUACAUCGCGCUGAUCGCGAUGGCCAUCCAGAACUCGGCCGACAAGAAGAUCACGCUGAACGGCAUCUACCAGUACAUUAUGGACCGGUUCCCGUACUACCGGGACAACAAGCAGGGCUGGCAGAACUCGAUCCGCCACAAUCUCAGCCUGAACGAGUGCUUCGUGAAGGUGGCCCGGGAUGACAAGAAGCCGGGCAAGGGCAGCUACUGGACGCUCGAUCCCGACUCGUACAACAUGUUCGACAAUGGGUCGUUUCUGCGCCGCCGGCGCCGCUUCAAGAAAAAGGACGCACUGAAGGAAAAGGAGGAGCUGAUGAAGCGCCAAAGCCUGCUGCUGGACGACAAGAUGGGGGACAUUAAGCCGAUCAAGAUAAUGGCCGGUGGGCACCACCAUCACCAUCAUCAUCACACGUUCGAGGGCAAGCACCACCAUCAUCACCAGGGCGCGCUCGGGCACCAUCAGACGUUCAAGCGCGAGCCGGGGCUGGAGCUGGCCGCCCAGUGCAUGGUGAAGGAGGGCCUGACGUCGUCGCUGCUCAACACCUGCCACGCGGACACGUUCGCGACGCAGAUGAACCACCUGUCGGCGGCCGGCGACCACGGCUUCACGGUGGACUCGCUCAUGAACGUGUACAACCCGCGGCUACAUCACACCUCCUACCCGUACCACUUCAACGACGACAACCUGACGAUGGCGGCUUCCGGCGGGCAGCUGCGGCACCAUCAUCACAGCACGGCCGCCCACCAUCCGCCACCGCACGGCGGCUGGUACACGCCCGAGACGCCGCCGGAAUCGAUCGGCAACACGUCCGGCAGCUCGACGACGACACCGACCACCCUGCCCUCCUCCGUCACCGUGACGCCUACCUCCGGCAUCGGGUCGAUCGGUGGGCUUGGCGGUGGUGGCGGUGGCGGUGGCGGUGGUGGUGGCAGCCUUGGCACCGGUACGCUCGGUGGGCUCGGUGCAAGUUCCGGCGUUGGUGGUGGGAUCGGUGGCGGCACACACAACGGCGGCUCGAUGGGUGUCCCAGGGGCCGGCGGCUUCCGGGACAUGGUGUUCGACCACAAUCAGGCGGCGGCGGCGGCCGCGGCCGCUGCAGCCGUCGCUGUAAACUGCCAGAUGGAACCGGCCGGCAGCCCGGGCAGCAAUAGCCUUACGUCCGCCAGCCCACCGGUCAACUCGGCGUCGGCGGCGGCCGCCGCCGCUGCUGCCGCCGGCCACCUGGGCGGCAAUCUGGGCCAUCUCGGGCACUACCGGUCGCACGUCGGCUACUACCAGGACUGUGGGCUCAAGUAUGGUGUGUAGAUCGUCGCCCAUUCAAGGUCGGCUGUAAAUAGUGGUUGCGGACACUUCCGGGAGGGUGUAGGGCCGCACGUAAGGCGUGAAUGCGUGUGCGGAAAGCGCGAGUGAUCGUGAGUCGCAAAACGGGGAGAUGGGGAGGAACAAAAAAAAACUCAUCCAAAGUGGUAGAUCUCAAGAAGAGCCUUCUCAGCGGCAUCAUCAGCCCGUCGGGCUCUCUUGGCAGGGGCUCGCGUACGCUUUCGACCUUGACGCGCGGAUGAAGUCGCUGCUGUUCCCCGUUAUUUUUUUUUUUUGUGCACUCGUACGAUAAGAGCAAUGGACUUGCAAUUUGCGUUCGGCAACCUUUACGUCACCGAAAGGCUUUUCAGUUACUGUUCAGGGUUGGUCGAUGUCAAGGCGAGGCAGACGCGCAAAGCAGAGGUAGCAACCAAAAUGUAGAUAAAACUCGAUCGAAACGGAUCGAAACGGAAUAGUGAAGCUAUAUAUACAUAUUUUAGGCAUACUGUGGGGGUGUGCGGGGCUUACCGUGACCGUCUCACCCUUUGUAAAGUAGUAAUCGUUAGGAAGCGAAAGAUUCGGCUUAAACUUUGGUUCGGCAAAUACAGCCCAAUCAAAGGCAAAGUAAAAGGUAGAGCGUCCUCUCCGAAGCACUGGUCGAUAUAACAACAACAGCGCACGCUCGUCAGCUUGUUGUAAAGUUAAGGCACAACGGCUAGCCGCUUGUGAGUGAGGAAUGCGUGUGUUGAUUGAGCUAAUCGUAACAUCUAGACGUAAUAUAAAUAUAUAUAUAUAUGGUAAUGAAAGUUAAUAAAUA